CUUUUAUAUACAUACACAGUUUUAACACAUCAAUCAAACAUCUUCUUCUUCCCUCAUAUAUCUAUCGUAAACUCCAUACAUACCCUUUCCUCCUGCUUCUUCCAUCAACCUUCAACUUUAAACUGCUAAUUUGAAGACAUGGGUCGCGUGAAAAUAGCCAUGGAACCGAUUCAAAACGACAAGAAACGCAAGAUCACAUUCAACACGAGAAAACAAGGGCUCGUCAAGAAAGCCCGAGAGCUCGCAACCCUUUGUGAUGUCGAUGUCUCCAUGAUCAUCUCCACUGAUGAUCAAGAAACCCCCCAACAAAUCUUCCCUCCGGAUUCUGAUCAACUCAACCGUUUGAUCGAUCUGUAUAAACAUUGUACAAACCCAGUUAACCGAUAUGUUUUAUUGGAUUUCUUCAUGGAUAGGAAGAACAAGAUGGAAGAAGAACUCGUUAAGGCCAAAAAGAAGAACGUGGAGGCCAAGUAUCCUUCUUGGUUUGAUUUCUUGGAUAGUUUACCCGAAGCGCGAUUGAGGGAGUUCGCGCUACGGUUGGAAAAUAAAAUAUUUGAUGUGAAAAACCGAAUUGAGUAUGUUAAGAAUCGUGAUCGGUACCCGUGUUAUCCGGGUCCAGUCAACUUUGGUUUUGAUCCCGUUGGAGUUGGGAGUAACCCGAUUAUGCAGUUGUCGAAUUGUAAUUCGAUAAACCCGGUUAUGAUGCCAUUGGUGUACCCUAAUUCGCUGCUGAAUAUGAUGUUGAAUGAAGAUGAUGGUGUCAUUUAUGAUGGCGAAAUUUCGAGUCUUGAACCGCCAUCAAUGGAGCAUUGUUUUCCGCCCGAGUUAUGGCAGCAGUUGUUGAUGUCCAGUUUGCCUUCACAUGUGAAUGAUACAACAGCAAAUGGUAAUGGAGUCUUUGAUUACUUUAAGUAGUACAUUAACACUUAUGGCUAGUUGGUUUGUUUGUGGUUAUGUUUUCGCUUAAACAUAGUUAGUGACAUUCUUUAACUUGAAUUUUAUUUCACUUUUAAGUCUACAAUUGUUAUUGGUUUCA